AUGGAUUGCACGGGUCUGAGUAGUGAUGGUGCUGCCUACCGGUCUCGCGGGUACCAACUGGAAAUGUUAGAGGCUAGCCGUAAAGAGAAUAUCAUUGUCGCUCUUGUCUGGUUUCUUGCUCCCACCGUGGCAUUGAGCCUUCAACAACAUGAAGUCAUCACUAGCCAGAUCCUCUCUGUGAAAACUAAAGUUUUAACUGGUUUGGACAAUGUCGACCGAUGGACUGAACAGGGUGUAUGGGACAAAGUGCUCAAGGAUGUCCGCGUGGUUGUCUCAACCUAUGCUGUCCUUGCUGAUGCUUUAGGCCAUGGUUUCGUUCGCAUGUCCCGACUUUCUCUCCUUAUUUUUGAUGAGGCUCAUCAUUGCACAAGACGCCACCCGGCGAACAAGAUUAUGCAAAAUCACUACCGUCCUACCCUACUAAGGUUCGGUCCAAAUGCUGUACCUCGGAUUUUGGGACUUACUGCUAGCCCAGUAGUCCGUUCGAGUCAGAAUGAGCUUGAGACAAUCGAAUCUAACUUGGAUGCGAUAUGCAAGACUCCACGUGUCCAUCGUACUGAACUUUUGGAGAAUACCCAUCGCCCUCGUCUUGAGCGUGUUAAUUAUAUACAUUUUGAUGAAGCACAGUAUGGCUUUGGAAGCCAGCUACUCUCAUCUCUCAUAGAAUGUUGCAAGGCCUAUAACAUAGAGGAUGACCCUUGGGUCGAAUCAUUACGGUCAAAGAAUCAGACUGCGGAGCUGACGAAGGCCCUCACUACAGGUAAGACCUUCUGUAGCGAGCAACUGAGCAUUUUCCAGGCGCGCAGCCGUCAUAUUUACGAGGAGCUUGGAGGUUGGGCUACCGACUUCUUCAUCAGCACUUCAAUUGACCAACUCCAGCUUUCAAUCCAAGAUGCUAGUGAGAUGUCACAUCUGGACCAAAUGGAGAGAAUUUACCUCUUGGAACUGCUGCGUGCAAUGCCUGCACCAGGUUCAGCCGAGAGUGAUCACGUAUCCAUCAAGCUUGAAAUGCUUAUCAACUUUCUCGAAAAAAUGGAUGGGCCUGGGUUUUCUGGACUACUCUUCGCAAAGCAGAGAGUAACUGUUAGUGUGUUGGCUCGAAUUUUAUCUUUACAUCCCAAAACUAGAGAUCGCUUCCAGUGUGCCGCUUAUGUUGGUUGGGCGAGUGAUAGAAGCCGCAAAAGCUGUCUUGGUGACCUACUUCAUCGUGAUAUGCAACGGGAUACUCUGGAUGAAUUCAAAGCUGGCCGCAAAAAUCUCAUUGUCGCCACCGAAGUCCUCGAAGAAGGGAUUGACAUAAGCGCGUGCAAUAUGGUCAUCUGCUUUGACAAACCUGCGAACCUCAAGUCCUUUGUCCAGCGGCGUGGGCGUGCUCGUCAUAGAGAAUCUACAUAUGCUGUCAUGAUCUCAAAUGAGGAUGAGUUGUUGAGUCUUCACAAAUGGCAGGAACUGGAGCAGGCUAUGAUUAAAGCGUAUCAAGAUGACGAGCGACAUCGUCGGGAACUUUAUGAACUCGAAGCCACCGACGAAGAUGUCAAAGACAUACUAUGGGUGGAAAAGACGAGUGCUCGGUUGACGGCGGACGAUGCAGUGCAGCAUCUACAUCACUUUUGCGCUGUAUUGCCAGUUGAUGAGUUUUGCGACAACCGACCAAUGUUUUCCUUCGAAGAGAACAGUGCGGGAUUGCUUUUGGGCACAGUCACAUUGCCAAAUUCGGUGCAUCCGACAGUUCGACGAACAACGGGGAGAUCUUGGUGGCGCACAGAACGAGCAGCCAGAAAGGAUACUGCAUUUCAAGCAUACAAAGCUUUGCAUUCAUAUGGGUUAGUCAAUGACAAUCUUUUGCCGUUGACACGAAAACCAGAGUUGAGAUUCACGGAACAGGCAACUCUCCCAUCCAUUAUCCAAGCUGCAGAACAGUAUGACCCUUUUGUAGAACUUGCACAAGGCUGGUCUUCCCGCCAACUGUGCCAGACACGCUUGAAGAUAUAUAGUAAUGGUUGUGUCGAUGAAGAUCUGGCUAUCUCCCUAGUUUUGCCAAGGUUGACCCCGACGCCGCAGCCUAUUCCUCUCUACUGGGAACCUGAAACCUCCAUGAAACUCUACUUUGAUCCACAAAUGACGGAUUUUGAGGCCACAAUAGAGACAUUGGAUCAAAUGAGAAAAAUCACAGCUCUCUAUCUACAAGCUCCAAGCUCACGUCAGCGAGGAGAUGACCGUGACUUCGUGGCUCUCUUUGUCCCCAAUAUCUCACAUGACCGCCUGGGAGAAUGGCUUGCGGUGUAUGAAGGAAAGGAGCCCGCGCUGGAAGCCUACUUGAGGAAUCCAACUUCGCCGCCCAUGGGUAUCAUCCGUGACCAGUCCAAAUUCAGCGAGCCACGGACAUUCAGCAGAUGGAUUGUUCCCACCGAAGUAUCAAAGUCAUCGCCUAUUGAAAUUGAAUGUUCAUCACUUCCCCGUCGACGAAAUCUCCUCCAGGUGCGAGCCGUGAAUGUCGCUGAAGACGGAGAGGUAGAUGCACCAAAGAAGUCUUACGUCCUACCUGCUUCGGCUUGCAUUAUCGACAAGCUCCCAGCAAAACAGGCUCUCUUUGGACUUUUUAUCUCUGCCAUUCUAGACCGGCUGGAGGCAUCAUUGGUCGCACAUCGAUUGAACGAUACCAUUUUGAAAGGAAUCGGAAUCCAAAAUAUCGCUCAUGUCAUUACGGCUAUCAGCGCGCCGAUUGCACAGGCCAGCACCAACUAUCAGAGAUAUGAGUUUUUUGGUGACUCCGUUCUCAAAUUCACCGUUAGUUGUCAGCUGUUUUUCCGGAACACCAAGUGGCACGAGGGCUACCUCUCAGAGAGCCGUGACAAACUCAUCCAAAACACUCGCCUUGCCCGUGCAGCCCUGGACACCGGCAUUGAUUGCUUUAUUCUAACGAGCCGAUUCACCCCUCGAAAAUGGGCUGCACCGUUGAUCAGGAACAAGUUGGACGCAUCAACAGCCAAAAGAAACAUAUCAACCAAGGUCCUGGCAGACGUUGUGGAAUCUCUCAUCGGCGCAGCAUAUGUGGACGGCGGAAUUCGCAAAGCGCAAGCCUGUCUCCAUCGCUUCUUGCCAGAAAUUGAUCUCUUCACAAAUGAUAUUUCACCCCCCAUUCUCCCAGAAGGGAAAGGCGUGAGCAACUUAAUCAACCAACACCGACUAGCCGGUCUGAUCGGGUACACUUUCCAAGAACCAGCCCUCCUAACAGAGGCACUCACGCACGCAUCCUGCGAGUACGAUACAUCAACACAAUCGUACCAACGCCUAGAGUUCCUCGGCGAUGCCGUCCUCGACAUGGUCGUCAUGGCAGUGAUAGCAGCCCACCCCGUGGAAAUGGAUCAGGGUCCAAUGACACUGCUCAAACAUUCCGUCGUGAACGCCAACCUCCUCGCUUUCUUCUGCAUGGAGCUAUGCGCUCCAGAUGAACCUUCCCACAUCACCCAAAUCAACGGUGACAUCAACCUUGUGCCACAAUAUGACCAGAUCCACUUAUGGCGUUUCCUACGCUCCCAUGGCCCUAACAUCAAAUCCGCUCGGGAAGCAUGUCUCGAGCGACACCAAGGUCUCCGUGGUGAGAUUCGCGAGGCCCUGGAACACGGAACUCAAUACCCGUGGGAAUUGUUCGCCCGCCUGCGCGCGGAUAAAUUCUUGUCGGAUAUCAUCGAGAGUGUUCUUGGGGCGAUUUUCAUUGACUGUGGGGGUGAUUUGAAUGUGUGUCAUGCAUUCGUCGAACGUAUCGGUUUGGUCUGGUACAUUCAGCGUGUUAUUGCCGACGGGGUCAAUGUUGUUCAUCCGCGGAACAUUGCCCAGAACAUGGUCAAGGGAGCAGGUACAUUGGUCUUUAAGAGGAAGAGGGUCGAGUCGGGGGGUGUGGCUACGUAUCGGUGCUCGGCGAUCGUAAACCAGAAUGAGAUCGCGCUGGUCGAGGGUUGUGCUUCUGCCGAAGAGGCUGAGGUUAAGGUCGCCAAUGUUGCUAUUGAGCACUUGACGUUACACCCGAUGGUUUCUACAUGA